UGUGUAAUGGCGCUGGUGCGUCAGAGAGUAGGAAAGUGACCGCCAGACGCAGCGAGUGCCUGGUUUCGCGUAGGUAGACUGGUUUCAGUCGUGCUUUGGUUCGCGCACGUUCGACAGUUUCUGCACUCGCGAUGGACGGCUUGAUACCUGUUGCACGGCCCGGCGCGCACCGGUUCCUCCCGUUGUCCACGUAUCGACGUCCGCUGUUGUAAUACCGCCGGAAGAAUAGAACAACAUCCGACUAUAUCGCCGCGAGGAUGCACGGAUGUUGACGUUUCUCGUGGCGUGACGGUACUUGCGGCGUGUCGCGAUUUUUCGGGUGUUCUGCGGGGCGAUAUAUAUACGCCGGGACGGGGGGGAGGAGGCGGUGAAUAUAUAUUAGUCGGCGCCACGGCCGCCCGGCUGGCGAGACAAUGGGGAUCGUGCAGAGCCGCGCCGGCGAAGGCGAUGGCGGUGUCCGCGAGGUGUUCAUCGGCGGCAUCAAGGGCGGCACGCCUCUACAAUCCUGUCAACCGAGCCUCGGCAUGGGAAGUUUGGGCGGACCGCACGCACGCAGCGGCAGCGUCCGCGGCGCGCCGAGGCAACCGAUGCCCGACGCCGCGGAGCUCGAGAGGCGCUUCACCAAAGUGCUGGCUUCAAUGGACCUGCCUCCGGACAAAGCGAAGCUUCUGAAGCAAUACGACAACGAGAAAAAAUGGGAUAUCAUAUGCGACCAAGAAAGGGUGCAAGCAAAGGAUCCACCGUCGCACUAUUUAGCAAAGUUACGCACCUACUUGGAUCCGAAAGCUUCGCGAAGCCAUCGAUCGUAUCGUUUUCUCACGUUCUUCCAGAAGAGGAAAAUGGUCGGGGAGUCAACGUCGACUCAAGUAUUGCGAGAUUUGGAAAUCUCGUUACGCACAAAUCACAUAGAAUGGGUAAGGGAGUUCCUAGACGAGGAGAACCAAGGCUUGGACGCCCUUAUAGACUACCUCAGCUUCAGGUUGCUCAUGAUGAGGCACGAGCAACGCCUCGUGGAGUCCCACGCGAGCUCCGAGGAGAAAUUGCAAACCGUCGGUUCCGGGGACACGUCGCCUCUGAAUAAUGGUUGCCUGAGGCCGCCGCUGCACGAGCUGAAAGACAGCCCCGGCGUUAAAAGGAGAUCCCGGCACGUGGCGCGUCUCAAUAUGGGCGAAGCGAAAGAUGACAUUCACGUUUGCAUACUGUGCAUGCGUGCCAUCAUGAACAACAAGUACGGAUUCAACAUGGUCAUUCAGCAUCGUGAAGCAAUCAAUUGCAUUGCGCUCAGUCUAAUGCACAAGAGUCUGAGAACAAAAGCUCUGGUGCUGGAACUUCUUGCUGCCAUUUGUCUGGUAAAAGGUGGCCACGAGAUCAUCUUGUCGGCGUUCGACAACUUCAAAGAAGUUUGUUUGGAACGGCGACGAUUCACCACGCUUAUGGCAUACUUCACCCAAUACGAUAGUUUUCACAUAGAAUUCAUGGUCGCUUGUAUGCAGUUCGUAAAUAUCGUCGUCCAUUCAGUGGAGGACAUGAAUUUCAGGGUUCACCUGCAAUACGAAUUUACUAAGCUUGGUUUAGACGAGUAUCUCGAGAAACUCAGACAUACCGAGAGCGAGGAUUUGCAGGUUCAAAUCUCUGCGUAUCUGGAUAACGUGUUUGAUGUUGCUGCCUUAAUGGAAGACAGCGAAACUAAGACUGCUGCGUUAGAAAAAGUAGCUGAAUUAGAAGAUGAACUUGGCCACGCGCAUGACAGAAUGGCGGAAUUGGAGAGAGAAUCGCUAGCAAAGUUGGCGGAAUUAGAGACUGAAUUGGGCGCGUUGAAGGUGGAAUACGCCGACGCGGUGGAGGCUCGUCGACUGGCCGAGGAGGAGCUCACCGCGUUGAAGAGGCAAAAGCAGGAUUCAGCACGGAGGCAAAGCGUUUUGGAAAACAAAAUUAUAGAACUGGAGACGCUCACUGGCACUCUUACGAAGGGCUCUUCAGGCAACCUUCGAAACGGAUGUGCAACGAGUCCCAUCAGUACGUCGGACAACGUCACGUCUUCUACGCUUAAUUCGACCCCGUCUCCGACGUUGGAGGAACCUCCUCCGUCCGCCCCAGCGCCACCUCCACCUCCUCCACCUCCGUGUCCGCCACCGCCUCCUAUGGCGCCUCUUUCCCCUGGAGAUCAAAAGUUACCACCGCCUGCACCAAUACCUCCACCGCCUGCGGGCAUGAUGCAAGCACCGGACGGUGCGAUGACUAUCAAACGGAAAGUUCAAACAAAAUACAAACUGCCCACGCUGAACUGGAUCGCUCUGAAGCCGAAUCAAGUACGGGGUACCAUUUUCAACGAGCUAGACGACGACCGGUUGCACAAUUACAUAGACUUCUCCGAUUUCGAGGAACGAUUUAAAAUCGGAAUGGGAAGUCACGUUGCUAAUGGCAACAACGAAAUCGACGGCCUUCAUAGCUUCCCUAGUAAACGAUUCAAGAAACCGGAGAACGUGUCGCUUUUAGAACAUACCAGACUGCGAAAUAUCGCCAUAUCGCGAAGAAAAAUGGAAAUGCCGGUGGAGAAAGUGAUCAUGGCGGUAAAUGCUCUCGAUUUGAAAGUACUGUCGCUGGAAAAUGUAGAGCUGUUACAACGUAUGGUACCCACAGAUCAAGAAAUAAAAGCAUACAGGGAGUACAUCAUAGAAAAGAAAAACGUCAAUCUGUUAACGGAGGAGGACAAAUUUUUAAUGCAACUCGGCAAAGUGGAGAGGAUAUCGACGAAACUGUCCAUUAUGAAUUACAUCGGCAACUUUUUUGACAAUUUACAUCUUAUUACUCCGCAAAUACAUGCUGUGAUAUCUGCCUCGAGUUCGGUCAAGAGUUCAAAGAAGCUAAGAGCAGUAUUAGAAAUCAUCCUUGCAUUCGGCAAUUACCUAAACAGCAGUAAACGAGGGCCGGCGUACGGGUUCAAACUUCAAAGUUUAGACACAUUACUCGAUACGAAGUCAACGGACAAGAGAAUGUGCCUUUUACACUAUAUCGUGGCAACGAUACGAGUCAAGUUUCCAGAAUUGAUUAAUUUCGAAUCGGAGCUAAUGUACAUCGAUAAGGCAGCGACCGUCUCGUUGGAAAACAUAACUACCGACGUUCACGAACUGGAAAAGGGGAUGGACCUCGUGAGAAAAGAAUUUGAGUUACGCGGUAAAGAGAAACACAACACCGUCCUGCGAGAUUUCUUGAAUAAUUCGGAAGAAAAGUUGCGCCGUUUGAAAUCCGACGCACGGACUGCUGGAGAAGCAUUCCGGGAAUGCGUUGAAUUUUUCGGAGAAAGUCCCCGACAGGCUGAUGCUAAUACAUUCUUCUCUCUCCUCGUCAGAUUCGCAAGGGCAUUUAAGGCUGCGGAUCAAGAAAAUGAACAGCGUCGCAGACUAGAAGCUGCUGCUGCAGAAGCUUUGAACGCCUCAGAGGACGUUAUUAAACGUAAUAAGUUAAAUCAAAAGAAGCAACAGGACGCUGUGAUAAAUGAACUGAAAAAUAAGACGAGACUAGUUCAGGAGAAGAAAUUGUUGCAGCAGGAUGAAGUGUACAAUGGUGCUCUGGAAGACAUUCUUCUUGGGCUUAGAUCAGAACCGUAUCGACGAGCAGAUGCAGUCAGGCGUAGCCAACGCAGACGUAUCGAUAAUCACAGACUUUCUCGCACUGCCGAAGAACUAGAACUUUAAACUAUGCUCUACGCCCAGUGUGUUUUUUCCAUUUUCUUUCAGGGAGAACAAUCUCUUUUUAAGGAAAAAAUUUUCACUGCGUCUCUUGCGCCAACCAACGUUUUCAUACUCUUUCAAGCUCUUUCAGAAUUUUCUUAAUUUUAACUCGAUAUUUAUAAUUUUGUGUCAAAAGUUAACGCACAAUGUAAUUUGAACGUCGAGUGAAUGUACGUUUACUAGAGCAUUUGAAUUUUAUUCGCCAUAAUUCACAUUGGAAAGUCGAGAUAAAUUUCAUGUGAUAAACCUUGUAAACUGAGUUCAAGCAUGAAAGAGUUGUGCGCUGCGUUAUCGAAUCAAAAUUUAUAAAUGAUGAAUAACACAGUAAUGUCUUGUUAAUAUCAAAAUGUUUGAGUCCACGAAGGCUGACAUUAACAGACGAUUUGGCUCUGACUAAUCAAAUACAUCCUUGCAAGAAACGUCAGAGAAAGAGAGAGAGAACAAAUCCGCUGAUAAACUAUGAAUCAUCGUGUUCUAAAAAUAAAAUUUUUAGAAUUUUUACUAUUUCUCUAAGGUAGGAGGGAUGAAAGUCUAAAGGGAUGAUGAGAUCUUUCAGAUUAUUUUAAAUUAAAUAAAAGUAUAUUCUAAUAUAUAUUUAUCUAAGCUAUUUCACUUUACCUACGUAUAUAAUUCAUAAAAAUGUACUCUGGGUAUAUUUUUAUCUGUCUUAAUAUAAACAAAGUUAAUCAUAAUGAAGAUAAUCAGAAAAACCUCAUCAACUUAUUGAGAAAAGAGAAAAACAGAAUGAUUCGUCAUUUAACAGCAUCCUCAUCCUCUUGUUCACCGUGUUUGCCUAGUUCGAUAAAUUGCAAUCACUUUCUCAAAUAUUGACAGGACAUUACUGCAAUAUGGUAGAGCUGUAGAUACAGUAAUUUAAAACAAAUAUUGGAAUUUGAUAUUGAAUUAUUCAUAUGCGUAAGUCACUUAAUACGGUGCUAUAAAUUCAUCGAGAAAUCCAAAGCAAAAUGCGAAGUUUUUGUCAGUAAUACUUUCAACAAACAGUCGCAACGUGUAACGAUGUUUGUCUGUUUGUUCAAUAUGUAUUCUUUCUAUUGUACAAAUCUAGUGAACGUAACUACGAAAUACGUUUACGGAAUAUCAUAGAAAAUAGUAAAUUUAGCAAUGCACAUUUAGAAAAGUUAUACUAUUAUUUUUACAUUGUUUUUUUUUUUUAAUGAUUAUUAUAACUUUAAGUAAUCGAACGCUAAAAUUGUUUCCAUUUAAUUAUUGUUGAUUGUUAUAUACGUUUGAGAUAUUUAUAAUUCCAAUUUAAUUCAUAUCUGUUGAUCGUUUAUUUGAGAGAGUUUCUAAGAAAAAGACGGCAGAGUUUCGAUAGUAGUAAUAACGACGACGAGUACAUAAGAAAAGAUUUAAAUAUACUUUUGCAUAUUUGUACGAUUUUCGGCAAGACACAGUUUCCAAUUAAAUCGUAACAUUCCAUAGGUGUAAAAAUCUUGACAAAGCUUAAUGAAAUUCCCAAGCAAAUAACUAUUUUGAGAUAAUAUUACGAAAGUAAUACAUUUACAAAUAUAACAAAUUCCAAAAUACAGAUGUUGCAGCAUAUUUUUCUCAAAGUUUAAAAGUCAAUUCUUCAAUACGUAAAUAGCAAAAACACGCACAGAAAUAGUUUAUAUAUAAUGUGAACUUUUUGAAAGAAUUUUUUAUUAUGCAUAAUAUCUAAAGGUAACAUGACUUGUUACAUUCCGUCAGAAUUUCAAAAUACGCUCAAUAUUAUAAAUAGAUGCAUAGUAUGCUUCGGCUACGACUUUUAUUAUAACGCACAAGUAAAUAAAAUAGAAAUAUACCAAUGUAGGCUAUGGGUCACUUGUUUGAAACAUACAAAAGAAUACUGAGUAAUAUAGAAAGAAUCAAAGUUAUAAUUGUGACGAUUAAAUCGGUACUUUAAUAUUGAUACUUAACAUAUAAUUUUUUAAAUUAACACGAAAAUA